AUGAAAAAAAAGAGUGGUCUUAUGUGGACAUGGUUUCUUGAAAAGUUGUAUGAAUGUAUUGGUGAUUGUCAAGAAUUGACUUUUGUAACUGAUAGGGCCGAUGCAAUUCGCGUUAGUAUUGAAAAUGUUUUUCCACAUGCUCAUCAUGGCUUGUGUGCUUUUCAUAUACUAGCAAACAUAGUACACAAGUUUGGGAAAAAUGAUAAAACAAAAGUGUUGUUUUGGAGGCUUGUGAAAGCUUACAAAAGAAAUGUUUUUGAAGAAUUAUGGUAUAAAUUUAGUUCUACUAGGCCGCAAGUAGCAGCAUAUCUAAGUGAAAUUCCCCGUGCUAAAUGGACUAGAGCAUAUUCUCCGUCGAAACGUUACGAUUACAUGACCUUGAACAGUGCAGAGUCCAUGAAUGCUUUAUCUGUAGAUGCAAGGAAGAUGCCUAUAAUACCCCUUCUUGAGUUCUUCCGAUGUCUUUCACAGGAAUGGUGUUACAAGCGUCGCAUCGAAGGAGGGAAACGUUCAACAGUGCUAACCGAGUGGGCUGAAAAAGUAGUUAGUAAAAAUGAAGAGCGUACGACAGGAUGGUCCGUUUCUGGUGUUUCAGAUGUACUUUAUGAAGUUCAUGAUUUCAAACAUGGUGGCAUAGUUGAUCUGAGGCAAGAGACUUGUACAUGCAAAUAUUGGGAAGGAACUGGGAUGCCUUAUGGUCAUGUGAUAAUGGUGUUGAAGCAGUUGAAAAAAAGUAACUUCGGACAUCUGGCUAUAGAUGCUUACAAAAUGGAAACAUACCGAAGUACGUAUGAGGAGCCGGUUUACCCCCUUCCAGAACCGUGUGAUUGGGAGAUUCCUGCUAACAUGAUGGUUGUGAAACCCCCGAUAAUGGAUACACGUCAAGCUGGUAGACCGAGAAACAGAAAUCGUAUUCCGUCACAAGGUGAGGAACCUAUAAUAAGAAGGUGUAGUAGAUAUGAUAGUACAACACAUAAUGCAGCGAAUUGUCCGACAUUGGUCCCAAAGAAACAAAAAAAGGCUAGAAAAACUAGUACGGCAUCAGGUAGUAACACAAAAGGAAAAGGGAAAGGGAUAGAAGGGACUCAGGAGACACUAGAGACGCACGGGACACAAGAGACGCGUUGGACGAGUGGGACGCAGAGAGAAGACUAUUAUUCAACGUUUGAUUUGAAUGAUUGA